CACUCCUUUUGUGUUACCCACUGAAACAGGUUCGCAGACUCUGUAGCUAAACAAUGGGUUUGGGCGGGACAACCUUACAAACCCUGAAGCUCGCUACAAUUCCUACACCUUCUGCUUCUUCUUUGCGUUCCGUCUUUAAACCAUUAUCCCAGAGCUUCCUCUACCGCCAUAGCCGUAGACGACCUGCACUUCAGCUCUUCUUCGUCAGAGGUCUUUCAGCCCCGGCCGUACAAGCCACUGCCACCGCAACACCAAAAACAACCAGCCCAGAUGAAAAUGGUAUGAAACUGCAAUGGAAAGCAGCGAUAGACUUCAAGUGGAUAAGGGACAACAAGGACGCGGUUGCUGCCAACAUAAAGAAGAGGAAUUCCAAUGCCAAUUUGGAACAUGUGCUUGAGCUCUACCACAAAAUGCUGAAUCUUCAAAAGGAAGUUGAACGGCUUCGCGGGGAAAGGAAUGUGGUGGCAAACAAGAUGAAAGGGAAGUUGGAGUCAUCCGAGCGUCAAAGACUCAUAGAGGAAGGAAAGAAUCUCAAGGAAGGGCUACUUUCUUUGGAAGAAGACCUACUUAAACUUACUGAUGAGCUUCAGCAAGAAGCACAAUGUAUACCAAAUAUGACUCAUCCAGAUGUCCCGAUUGGUGGGGAGGAUUUUUCAACCAUAAGAAAGAUGGUAGGCACCCCACAUGAGUUUAGCUUUCCUGUUAAAGAUCAUCUUCAACUUGGAAAGGAACUAGAUCUCUUUGAUUUUGAUGCUGCGUCGGAGGUCAGUGGCUCAAAGUUUUACUAUCUUAAAAAUGAAGCAGUGAUGCUAGAGAUGGGCCUUAUUAACUGGACGCUCUUGGAAGUCAUGAAGAGGGGCUUCACACCUUUGACAACCCCAGAAAUUGUAAGAUCCUCCAUUGUUGAAAAAUGUGGUUUCCAACCCCAAGGAGCAAAUACCCAGGUCUAUUCUAUCGAGGAUAGUGAUCAAUGCCUCAUCGGGACUGCAGAGAUUCCUGUUGGGGGAAUUCAUAUGGAUUCUAUUAUUGCUGCAUCGUUGUUACCUUUGAAAUAUGUGGCAGUUUCCCAUUGCUUCCGUACUGAGGCAGGCGCUGCUGGUACAGCAUCAAGGGGUCUGUACCGAGUCCACCAAUUCAGCAAGGUGGAGAUGUUUAUAUUAUGCCGACCAGAGGAGAGUGAUUUCUACCAUGAAGAGCUCAUAAGAAUUGAAGAAGACCUAUUCUCAUCACUAGGAUUACAUUAUAAAACUUUGGACAUGGCAUCUGGGGAUUUAGGUGCACCCGCUUAUCGUAAAUUUGAUAUUGAGGCUUGGAUGCCUGGUUUGGCGAGAUUUGGUGAGAUAUCAAGCGCAUCAAACUGUACAGACUAUCAAAGCCGUCGUCUUGGGAUCAGGUUUCGUUCUUCAGAACCAGCACUAACAAAUCCUAAGAAGGGUAAAAGCAACCUUGCUCCACCACAAUUUGUCCACACAUUAAAUGCAACAGCCUGUGCAGUGCCACGAAUGAUCGUAUGCAUACUUGAGAAUAACCAGCAAGAAGAUGGUUCUGUCAUUAUCCCUGAGCCGUUGAGGCCCUUUAUGGGUGGACUUGAGUUUAUACAUCCUAAACCUAGAUAGGAUGGUGUGAUUAUUGUAAUCUUUUUGUUUAAGGAAUUGUUGUGGGAUCAUUCUUUUGGUUACAAAAUCUUUCAUAAGAGGGAGGGGAGAGCAUAAGAAAGACAGCAAAUGUGUUGGUCAUUCAGUUUCUUUGGAAUCUUUUGCACCAAAAUGAGGUGCACAUUAUAUAGUGUUUUGAGUUCUCGUCA